AUGGCAUCUUCUGACGAAAAGAACGAGAUUACCAUCUCUUCAGAAGAGAGCGGACAAGUUGAAGCUCAAGUUGAAGCUCCUCCUUUCACUAUAUUCAAUACAUUUGAAAGGGUAUUCUAUGCUUGGGUGGCUUCUCUAGCUGCUUUUGCAUCACCUGUCUCAACAAGUAUCUAUUACCCUGCUCUUACCAUACUUGCGACUGCUUUGAACACUUCACUCCAAAAUAUCAAUUUAUCCAUCACAACUUAUAUGAUAUUCCAAGCCCUGGCACCAACAGUUAUUGGUGGUAUCUCGGAUAGAUAUGGACGAAGACCUGCUUACUUUCUAUGCUUUGUUAUAUACAUCGCAGCCAACACCGGCCUCGCUCUCCAAACAAGUUACAUAGCUCUCCUCCUCCUCAGAAUGGUCCAAAGCAGUGGCAGCAGCGGUACAAUUUCCUUGUCUAAUGGCGUUGUUGCCGAUGUCUCAACCCGCUCCCAGCGCGGAAAAUACAUCGGUAUUGCUGCCCUUGGCUCAAACCUCGGGCCCACCUUGGGACCUCUAAUUGGAGGCCUCCUAGUCCACUUUCAAGGCUGGCGAGCAAUCUUCUGGUUCCUUGAUAUCUAUGCCCUCGUCAUGAUUUUGACCAUUGCACUCUUCAUCCCUGAAACUUGCCGCAAUAUCGUCGGCAAUGGGAGUGUACCGCCUCAGAAGUGGAAUGUACCGCUGAUUGCUUACUUACGGAGAGGGAAGAAAGAUGCUCCUAUCAUACCCAGUACAUUGGCACACAAGCGUCGUCCCAGUCUAGUGGAAUCGCUAUACAUCGCUGCAUCCAAGGAAGCUUUUUGCCUGAUCUUCUUCUCUGGUCUGCAGUCUGGUGGCUAUUUUAUCCUGCUUGCUGGACUACCUUCUCAACUUGAGUCUACAUUCCAUUACAAUAGCAUCCAAGUCGGGCUUUGCUAUAUCCCCAUGGGGGCCGGGAUUCUCAUUGCUCGCCAGAUCGUCGGCCGUUUGAUCGAUUUCAACUUCAAACGUCAUGCGAGAAAAUUGGGGAUUCCCAUCGUGAGGAAUAAACAGACAAGCACAACCGGAUUUCCAGUUGAGAGAGCGAGACUCGAGGUUGGGUUGCCAUUGGCCUAUUUAGGCUGUGUGACUGUCAUUCCGUACGGGUGGGUCAUGCAUAUGGAUCACCCUCCUUUGCCGCUCGCAUUGUUCCUGUUGUUCUGUAAUGCGCUGUCGAUGUCCGGAUGCAUGCAAUGUCUUCAAGUUCUGCUCGUCGACUGCCACCCCGAAUCUCCAUCUUCAACUUCCGCAGCCGCAAACCUCAUUCGUUGCUUGCUCAGUGCAGGAGGUGUCGCUCUAGUCGAACCUCUGCUGAAGAGUAUCGGCAGAGGUUGGACUGGGACACUCAUCUCGGCCGUUUGGUGUACUGGGAGUUUGUCCUGGUGGGCCGUGUGGUUCUGGGGCGCUAAAUGGAGAGCGCAGAAAGAACGAAAAUUGCAGGAGAGUGAGGGUAGCGAAGGGGAGAUUGUUGUUGUUGAGCCGAAGUGA